AUGGAUAUAAGAAGAGAACGAAAGAAGCCAGAUCUACGGAUCAACAUACCCUCAUACCCCUCAGACUAUGUAGAAAUGCCUCCAGAAACAAGAGAGAAGAUAGCAGCCGCAAUGGAAAACAGUGCCAUCCGUUACAUAGAUGAUGACACAUCUUCUGGAAGUAGCUCUGAUGGUUACCGAGAGGAGUCUAGAACUCCAGAAGUCAGAAUUGUAGAGGAUGAAGGAAAGAACGAAGAGAGGAUUGCUGAUAAAGAGGAUAAAUCAAUAGCAACGGAAAGUAAAAAAAAAGUUACAAUUCCAGAACAUCAUCAGAGUACAGCGUCAGGGUUCAGCGAUGGCGACAAUACAGCAGAUGACCACACAGAGGUUCUCUCAGACGACGAAAGAGCUAAAACUCCCUUGCGGUCUCCAUGUCGCAAGUCUGCUGCUCCUCGAAGAUUGGGCCGGUCGGAGUUCAGCAUGGACGAUGAUGAAUACUCACCUAGCAACUCUGUCACUUCCGUCAACUCUCUCGCCAGUCUGCUUAGAGAAAAACUGCAGAGCAUCCCCCAGAAGAUCCGCAAGAAACCCACAGACUACAAACUUCGUGCCUUCGUAGCGCUGAUGUUCUUAGCAGUGGUGUUCUUCGUUUCCUUUGCAUAUGUAUUGUAUCAUCAGCAAGCCUUAACCAAAGCUUACUUCAACAACGUACAAUUUAAUGAGCCGAAGAGAUUGAUCAGGAUAUUCAAUAAGGACGAUGUGGAGAUUUUGAGAGCUAGUCUAGCUGUUAAUCUUCGUGGCAAAGUCAAAGCGUAUCCCUGUCUGCCAGAGCAUCGACGUAACGACGGCUCUGAGUGUCUCGAAUGGCUCCACACUCUGCGGUUCUAUCUGAAAUCCUUAGCACACGACCCUGGCGCGGACAACACAACUUGUUACUCUGUCCAUUGGCAGGCUUUAAGAGAAGAUGUAUAUCCGAAUGACUGCUUUGACUGGACCAACACUAAAGUCAACUGGUAUGGUGGCGGCCAAUCUCUCAACGUCUCUUGGCCGAUCAAUGGUGGAUACAUGGAUUAUACACCCUUCAUCACCGGUGAUGUCCAAAAAGGCCAAUGGUCCAACGCUUUGACUCGAUACUUCAUCAACUCCAAAGGUGCCGCGAUCAUCAUUGAUGACGACACUCCACUUCACGUCUCUGUCAAUAAAGGAGCUAAAGAAAUUUGUAUUAAAGCUAUGUAUCACGAAUUUGCAUAUCCGAAUAAGCUUACCGAGUUUCCAGAAAUGAAAUACAACAUUUGCACAUCCGAAGAUAUGACUUCACUUCACUCUUCUAUUCACAAUCACAAGACAGCGCCUUUAUGGGAUGGUUUGAAACCUACUGACAUGUCUACACUAGAGUUUUUAAUAUCAGAACCGGUGUGGGAAAUAGCACCAAGAUUCAAACAAGAGCUACAUCGUGACAUGAUCACUAAAUUCGGAGACGAUAUCCUCCGCUUAGGAUUCCUUAAACAAGGUCAUGUUGUGAUCAACGAGCACUGGCAGAAUGAAAUUGGAGAUUUAUCUCUGGAUAAGACUCGGUUUCCAAAACUGAAUGUUACUGUAGAUAAAUUGCGUCGUCGUGGUUUUAGCAUCGCCUUUACUGUUCAACCAUUUAUUAGUACAGAGAGUAAAAACUUUGCUGAAUGCGUGCAAAAGAGACUGCUGAUCAGUGAGAGGAAUAGUGAUAGACGUAUUCCAGCAUUAACUAGAUUCAAAUCUUUAGCAAGUGCUGGUAUUCUUGAUGUAACUAAUAGCAAUGCUGUGCCUUGGUUAUUGGAAAAACUAAAAGUUGUAAUGAAGGAGACCCUUAUUAAUUCAUUCUUUUUAGAUUUAGGUACAGCUCAUGAUAUGCCCCAUUAUUACCGUUGUGAGAAAUUAUUAAGAAAUCCUGACCAGUACAUAAACAUUUUUACAAAAACCUUUGACUCGAGUUUGUCAAUUAUUGGGGUGUCUUCAGCGAUAUCGUUACCUCGCCCUCCUAUAUUCGUUACUAUGCCACCUCUGGACUCAAAUUGGGAGGCUUUAAGAUCUGUUAUACCGACAAUUUUAACAUAUGGAGUCAAUGGUUUCCCAUUUAUAAUGCCGGGUGCAAUUGGAGGUGAUAUCUACUGGCCAGGUAGUGAGCAAAACUUGCCAUCCUCUAAAAACUUGGAAUCCACAAACAAAACUGAAGAAAAUGGUAUAGAGUUACCGGAAAUAGAGUUGUAUAUGAGGUGGUUCCAAAUGGCGACGUUCCUGCCGGUGAUGAAGUUCACACACUUGCCAACUAAAUAUAAUGAUGAGAGAGUUCUGGAGAUGGCCAAGAAUUUAACUACAAUUAGGCGAAAUUUGGUAACUCCUUUUCUCUUGAAAUACAAGCGAGAAGCAUUAGAAGAAGGUCUACCCCUCAUCAGACCGCUGUGGCUCAUCAGCGGCAACGACGCAGCUCCCAUACCUGUCCAGGACGAGUUCGCCAUCGGCAGUGAAAUUGUUGUCGCCCCUAUCUUGAACAAGGGACAAACCAGUAGGGAUGUGUAUCUACCAACAGGUGUGUGGAAGGAUGGCAUAGACAAUUCACUCCGUAAAGGAAAUCGCUGGAUGCACGAAUACAAGGUCCCUAUUGACAAAGUCGCCUAUUUUGUCCGCCAACCUGACAAUAUGAGAUUCUAA